AUGGAUUUAAGUAGUACUGCAGUAGCUGACGUUAGAAGAAUCCUAAAUGAACAUGAAAUAGAGGAGGAUGUCAUAGAGUCACUGUUUGAUAAUGGCAUUGAUGGUGAGUCUUUAGUGUCACUAAUAGGGGAUCUAGAAGAAUUUAAGUACUUAGUCCCGCAAAGUAGCACAAGAAUGAAGAUAAAACGUAUCGUCACUGAGGAGUUUGCUAGUUUUUCUGAAGUGUCUUCGAUUUAUCCUAUGAAUGUCAAAACCAGUAGCACCAGUUCUAGUCAAUUAAGCACUUCAAGUGAUAAAAGCAUAUCACCUACUCGUAAGCGAGAUAUGUCACCAGAGCUUAGUGGUUCACCUCCUUGUAAGAAAAAGGAUACUGAUGUUUAUGGAGAGUUAAAAAGCAAGAGGUUACCAAAGCCAUGUCCUAUACCACCUGCUUUCACACCAGCUGUAUACAAUUGCAUCAUUAAGAAUGAAAUCUCUGGGAAUCUUAAAUAUCGAAUGCUGCGUGAAAGUGCUUCAUUCUUUUAUGGUCUUUGUCCAGACCCAACACCAUCAGAAUAUCAGGAAAUGGCUAAGAUUUUAUGUAAUAAAUAUCCAAUGUUACAGGAUGUGAAUUGUACUGAAUACUGGAGUACUACAAGGGACUACUUGUCACAAAGGUUCAGAAAUAUCAGAAGACCAAAUCCUGGUACAAAGGAAGAACUGAUCGGAGUCUCAAAGUUACCACCAAUAUCUCCAUUAGCAGUGGUUUCUAAUCCACCAGUAAGUGAUGAGGUUUCCUAUGAUAGAAACAAUAGCAGCCUAAAAACAGAAUUUAAAAAGACUAAUCCUAACCAUUUGAUAAUGAAGAAAUUAAUACAACUAACACAUGAUCAUAGGCGGAGUGAGAUUUCGACUUGUCAAGUACGCUUGAAUAAAAUAGUUGAGACUUAUCCCUUCUUUUCUAAAAAGAUAUGGAUUUUAUUGGAGUUUGAAUUAAUGACGAACAAAGAUAUCGUUACUAACAUGAAGAGAGAGUGGAAUAGGUUGUGUCCAUUCAUCCAGUCAGAUAAUAAAACUCCCAUUGCUCCUUUGAUAUCAAUUGAUAAGCAGUUCAGAAGUGGACCUACACAUGAAUUACCAGCUGCAUUUCAGAUAUAUGAUAGCUCUAGUGACAUUGAUACGAUUGUUUCUCACAACAUAUUCUCAGAGCCACGACUAGUUCUUAUAGAGUCUGAUGUUAGUGAGGGUGACAUUGUGCAAGGUUUCAUUGUUGCAGAGAAGACUUUGAUCUUUGAGGUCACUGAGUUUUCAGUUGUUGAUGGUUUGAUAGCUCUCCUUGCAUCAUACUACGUCUUCCAUAUCAGUUAUCCCAAGCAAACGCCUGCUUUGUCUCUGAUGCUUUUUCUACAGGAGCAACUAAUGGGAACACCCGAUUAUACCACCAGUAAGAAGCCAGCACGUUACAAAGCAUGUGUCAAUGCUUUGAAGAAAGCUCUUACAGCAUCAGAGAAGGCUACGGCAGAGUCACUAGGUCCUGUUUUGGAAGAUGACAUUUAGAACUGCUAUGAGAAACACCAUCUUUUAAUU